AUGUGGCUCUUUACCCUUCUAGCCGUCCUGUUAGCAUGUGCCCAGGUACAGGCCAAGGCAGUAUUUGCUCAUUUCAUGGUGGAAAAUGCCAAAUCCUGGAGCGUGGACCAAUGGAAGGUCGAUAUGAGGCUGGCUCAAGCUGCCCACAUCGACGGGUUUGCUCUGAACAUUCGAGCUGAUGAUACCACUUCCGGCGUAUCUCUAUCCAGGGCCUUUGACGCGGCCGACGAAUUGGGGUUCAAGGUGAUUCUCUCGUUCGAUUACGCGGGCGGAGGCCCCUGGGGCGCCAACCUCGUAAGUUCCAUGAUCUUGCUCUAUUCCGGCUACGACUCGUAUUAUAUCGACAAACAAGGACGGCCUGUCGUGUCCACCUUUGAAGGGCCGGCUCAAGCUGGGACCUGGCAGUACAUCAUCAAGAAGACCAACGCUGCCUUUAUCCCCGACUGGUCGUCGCUCGGGGCUAAGGCGGCGCUCGAAGCUGCCCCUUGUGUCCCGGAAGGUCUCUUCAGCUGGGCGCCGUGGCCAUGGGGUAACACGGACGGCAACACGUACGUGGAUGCUUCGUACAUUGAGUUCAUGGAGACGGCCGAGAAGAACUGCGCCAUGGACAUGCAGUAUAUGAUGCCAGCUAGCCCUUGGUUUUACACCAAUCUCCCGGGCUACAAGAAAAAUUGGUUGUGGAGGGGCGACGACCUGUGGUUUGACCGCUGGGAGCAGAUCCGGUUCAUGAACCCCGACUACGUCGAGAUCAUCUCCUGGAACGACUUUGGCGAGUCCCACCACAUCGGUCCCUUGUACGUCGAGGUCGGGAAAGCGCCCUUCAACUACGCCUUGGACAUGCCCCACGACGGCUGGCGUGAGCUGCUGCCCUUCACCAUCGACCUCUACAAAACCGGCGUGGCCACGAUCGAACAGGAAAAGCUUGUGGCCUGGUACCGCGUAACCUCCAAGAACGCGGCGUGCAACGACGGAUGGACCACGGGCAACACAGCGAGCCAACUGCAGUUGGAGUUUACACCCCAGGACGUGGUACAGGACAAGAUCUUUUACUCGGCCCUCCUCGCCAGCAGCCAGCCCGUCACGGUCACCGUCGGCGGCGUCAACGUCGGCGCUACGUGGACGAAGACGCCCAGCGGCGGCGCCGGCAUCUACCACGGCAGCGUCGACUUUGGGAGCAACACAGGCGCUGUCGUCGUCACGGUCGGGUCCAUGACGGUCAACAAGCGGCCCAUUGCGGCAAACUGCGACGACACGAACGGAUACACGAACUGGAACGCCUUUGUAGCGAGCACCACGGGAGCGUCGGUGAGUGCCACGGUCAACUCGACGCAGUGGGUGUGUGUCGAGGGCACUGCGGCCGCUGGCUUCGACGAGCUCUGCGCCUUCACCUGCAAGUACGGAUACUGCCCCGUCGGCGCCUGCCUCUGCACCAAGAUGGGGCCCGGCAACAAGCUCCCCGGCCCCGAAACCCCUGGGUUCGGCACCGUGGGAUUCCCGGCCAAGGGCAGAACAGCCAGCUACGGCGGCCUGUGCAGCUUCGCCUGCAACUACGGCUACGGCUGCCCCAACGCCUACUGCGACACGGUCGAGCACGAGCUUGUCAUCCCCAGCGUGUCGCCCUUCACCCCGGACGCAUGUACCUCGGGCGUCGGCGAGGGCGGUCUCGGCGGCCUCUGUAGCUUCUCGUGCAACUUUGGCUUCUGCCCUAUCCACUCGUGUACUUGCACGUCGACGGGGGCCCUGCACGUCCCCCCUGGCGCGAGCGACACCAUCACCGGCAAGGCGGACCCAAGCGUCGACGAACGCACCUACGGGCCCCUCUGCGAGUUCGCCUGCAGCCGCGGCUACUGCCCCGAGGGCGCUUGCGUCCAGUCCGACGUCGACGACGGGAACCCAUACAAGAACGUCAAUCCCGCCUACAUUGGCCCCCAGGUCUACGAGACGCCGACGGCGGCCUGCGAGAGCCCUUGUGUCCUCGUCCUGCCCCCGAGUAAGCUCCCGGCCACCACGACGUUCCGCCUCCCGCCGUAUCCCACCUCGUUCCAGGUCGGGUCGACGACCACGACGGUCACGCUUUACCCCGCCGACAUCGUGACCGACCAGGUCUCCUUCUCCAACAUCAACAUCACUGGCGCUGUGACGGACGGAGCUGUCUUCCCCAUGUGUACGAGCUUGAAGCCCGACGCCAUUCCCGUCACUCUCAGCUACGUAUCCAACGCCAAGACGACGGUUACCGUGCGCCAGGUUGAGCUGCCGCCGUGGCCCCAAAUCACCCAAGGGCCGCCUGACCAGUGGACGUCAACGUGCGGCGGCUGGGUAACGGGCACCAUCACCAACACCCACAACGACACCGACGGCCCCAUCGCUUGGAUCCCCCCGCCCACCGCCACUACAACGACUCCACGGCCAACCUAUACUGGCAUCUUCCCGCCUGCUAUUGUUGAGCCUAUCGUCGACCCCAUAGACGCACAAUGCCACAACAACCGCUGCCUGCCCGAAGGAGACGACGACAACGAGCACAGCAACCAUGUGGUCAUCAAAGUGAAAUGCGACGAACUGUGGUUCUUCGUCUUCUGCAUCCACACCGAGCAUAUCCAGGUCUUUGGUUGGAAGUUCACGUUCCCCAAAGCCGUCAUUGGACCGGGUCCGCCGCCGGGACUUAGAGAGCUCCCAGAGAGUUGGAAAUUCAUCGACCUCCCCGAUUUCCCUCCCUGGCCCAAGAUCACUAUUGGACCGGACCUUACCUACCCGGACAAGCCUACCGACUGCGAUGACAACAAACGGGAGGUUCCUGUGGAGAUGUACACGAUAUCAUAUGGCCUCUCCGUAUCCAACGGCGCCACAGUAACAACGACAACCAAGACUAUUACCGAGACGGCCUACGAGACCGGCUGCCCCAUCCCGGAAUACACAACUACGGCCGCCUGCGGACACGGAAACGGCAAAUCCAAGCGACAGACGGCCCUUUCCAAAAUAUCCCUUCCGGUUGCGACUGCGGCACCGGCCACCGCCGGCCACUCCCCGGCUCUUGUUGCCCGUGACGAUGGCGAUGACGAGUGCGACAUGGACGAGAAGUGGAGCGCGGCGAUUUACUUCUUUGAGACAGCUAGCGAAGUCGACAUCUUGACUGUUGACCUUCAUAUCGAGCUAAGCGGCUUGGAAUACCAUCAUUUCAAGCACGACCGUCUCGGAACCAUCUUUAUUUAUGUCGAGGAUGCUCCAUUUCGCUUCUUGGUCGAUAUCGGCAAUAUGGAGGGGGUCGACCCAUGGUCUAUAGAAAAGUGGAAGAAGGAUGGUAUAGAACUACACACUAGAAGCUGGGGAGCUGGAUCGGGGCCGGUUUUCAAUGCGACCAAUCUGCGCAAGAGAACCUUUGACAACCCGUCCUAUGACCGUAUGGUCAGCUGGCACCGCUCGAUGGUCUCGAGCUACCCGGGUCAGGAAUGGAACCUCGACGGCGAAGCUUUUCACGAAGGCAAUUACAUGGUAUAUUACCAUGAUGGCAUCCUGGGCAGCGGGCAGUACCUUUACAACUUUGAUGAAGGCGUCAAUCCGGAUGAUGAUAUUAACCUCGACAACAUUGAGGAAUUUCAUUACGAACACAGUAUUAACAACGGGCUUGACAUGCAUAAUUACAUACACGGCACAGGUGUUGCUUAUUAUGCUGUCGGCCGGACUCUUGGGAUUGCUCCUGGGGCAACCUUUCUUGUUAUGGAAGAUCCGCUAACUAUGGACACGAAUAAGACGGGCUACCUUGAGAUCAAUCUGAUCCGCUUGCUGGGCAUGAUCAAUGACAUUGAGAGCAAAGGAAGGCAAGGGAAGUGCGUCAUAAACAUAUCAAUGGUUUGGGUUGUUCCGGAGGGUGCGACCGACAGGUGGCUGUCUCUAUUCAGAAUGAUGCUUCGCUACACGGAAACCAACCUCCAGUGCGUUGUGGUCAUCGCUUCCGGAAACGUGGAAGACAUUCAGCGUUAUGCAAACGCAGCAGUCCCGGCACGGUGGUCUCUCGACGGCAGUCUCCCCGACACGUUAGUGGUCGGAUUUGCCUCCAAUCAUGGCUAUCGUGCCCUGGGUAGUCUCCCGUGGAACAUUGAUGGACGGCUUGACGACUCAUCAAUGGUCUUCGCCCCCGGUUUGAUGUUGUGGAACAACACGGGAAUUUUUCCUGGUGGAAGUUCUUUUGCUGCCCCUAUGGUAGCAGCCCUGGUCGCAUAUCUCCGCGCGCUUCCCUCGCCUUUCGCCGAGGAUUUGAAAAAGACGGUGUUCGCAGUCAAGAUGGUAAAAUAUUUGACUCGCAAAGUCAAUGUGAUUGAUCAGCUCGAGGAUUAUUUCCCGGACCUUGAAGAGAUGGGAAAUCAUCGCAGAAUCAUCUGGAACGGCAACGUUGGGGUCGAGAACUGCCUCGUUGGCUACCGUUCUGGGUUCAAGUCUGACGAGGCUAAGGCCGUUUGCGAGGUGGUAAACGAGGGCUUACCCGAGCCAGGUAACACGGACAAUUGGACCCCUGAUACCAGAUACAUCGACAACAACUUUCCACUCAGAUCAGGCUCUAGCAACGGCGGCGCUGUAACCUGGCACUCGGGCGCGGUAUCACCAACCUGCACCGCCAACUGUGGCACACUGUGCACUGGCUAUUAUUGCGUACCCCAACCUACUGGUAGCCCGCCAGACUUCUCUGACCCCGUCAAUGAGGUCGUGACCAAAACAACCUCUACGACGGCCCAGGCCACAACAACCAAGGCCACAACGACCAUGGUCACCACAACCAAGGCUACGCCGACAGCCACCGUGCAGCCGCUUACGCAAGGUCCUAUUCACUGUCACGACGAAUCCGACCCUGAGUACGCCAAACACGAAGACGUCAAUCCCAAAACGCAGGACCAUUAUUCGCAGGUGUUUAUGGACGCUAAAUGGGACACGAUCGGACCGAACGAUGAGCCACGUGUGUUCCGUUAUGUCCAGUCCGAUAGCUUGACGUACGUCUAUCGCGCCGAAUGGGUCAAGGGGUGCGUUACGACGGUCGAGAAGCAGGACUUCCAUUACCCACUGGGCCAGUCGAGUUCCGAUGUCACAGCUUACACGCUCGUGAGACAGAAUUAUCUAUCUUGCAACAACCACGGUGUCGGUGGCUGGACACAGGUUGGCUGUGUCAAGUACGACUUUGCACCUAGCGUAUGGUCCACUGUGCCUUGAAAUCACGGUGUCAGUCCCGACUUGUGUAAGAGAGCCGCUAGAUAUAUACUCAUAGCGGGAGAAAAUAGCCAUGUAGCUGGCAUCUAAGCUAGAUAGAGAGGUUCCUGUACAAGAUAAAGCGUUUAGCCUUGAUACUUUCAUCUAGGGUAGACGGUUGAAAAAAGCAUUAAAUGGUUGA